CUAUCACACCGUUCGCCAUUGCCAGAAAAUUUUUUUCUCAAAAAAAAAAGUGGCUCGGAAAGUGUGUGAAUUAAGCAAGAAAACGUGCAAUUUUAUUUUAAAAAGAGACUUUUAGUGAAUAGCUUAGUGUAGCUAUCAGAACUGAAGAAGAAUAUAUAUAGAUAAAGAUGCGUGGACGCGGCGGAUUCAUUCCACGUGGUGGUGGUACCACUCGCGGCGGGUAUUACAACAAUCGCAACUCUAGCAACUAUGUCAAUACCCGUACCCAGGGAAAUUACCGACCGAAUGGCGGUCGCUACGAAAAUAACUACCACAACAACAACAAUCGCUACAACAGCGGAGGUGGCGGAGGCAACAACAGCCACUAUGACAACCGGAGUCGGGACAAGUUCACGCACCACAACUCGAGCAGCGGCGGGCGCUAUGAUUCCAGCUCCAGCCACAAGCGCAGCUAUGACUCAUCUCGCGAUCGCAGCAGCGAUGACCGCAAGCGGCCGCGGAUAGACGAUUACCGUCGCACAUCCUCGUCGAACGAUCGCAGCGAUCGACCCUCGUCCUCAUCGCAGAACGUUGGCUCUUCAUCCUCCAACUAUCAUCAGCGCAGCAGCACCGGCGGCGGUAAUAACAGCGGAGGCAAUGGCGGCAGCUCGAGUAGCUACCGCCCGCGCGACGAUUCGGCCAGCGGCGGCGGCAACAACCGGCAUCAGCGCGAUGGAUCGAUGGGCCCGCCCAAGCGGAUGAUGCGAAGCGUGGCCGGCACCAACUAUAUAUCCCGACCCCGCGGCACAAUGUCCAUGCGCGGCGGAAUGAUGCGCAGCGGAAUGCGGGUGGGUGCCAUGCGAGUUGUGCGUACCCGCAAUGUCAACGAAUCGAAUGAUCUGCGCACCAUGCGCCGCCAGCUGCUCUAUGCACAGCAGAAAGACCGGGCUCGCCUGCUCAAGAUUCAGCAGUUGAAAAGCUCGUUGCGACGACAACGCCAGGGCGGGAAUAGCAGCGACAAUUCCAGCGACAAUGAGGAGAAGACCGACGAUGAUGAUGCUGAGAAAAGCAAGAAGAAGAAGGGCAAGGACAAGGACGCUGAUGGCGACGACGACGACGAAGAUGAUGUCGAUGAUGAUGACGAUAACGACGAUGAUGAGAAGGACGACAAGGACGUAAAAAGCAAGAAAAAGCGUAACAGCAAGUCGGCCACCGAGGACAAGAGCGACGACGAUGACGAUGCCGAUGGUGGGGACGACGAUGAUCAGGAGAAGGACCUGAAUGAGUCUGAUCCUAAGAGCGCCAAGGACGGCGAUGCCACCGAUGACGAUGAGGACGUCAAAGUAAAGGUCAAGACCGAGGGCGGCGAGGCCGGCGAUGGCGAAAAGGCCGAUGAGAAGGUCGCCAAGUCGUCCGGUGCAGGUAAGAAGAAGGAGAAGGAUAGUGGCGACUCUAAGGACGCCAAGGCGAAGAAGUCCUCGUCGUCCAGCAAGAAGGAGCGCUCAUCGCGCAAGGACAAAGACGAUUCGGACGAUGAGCGCAGCAAGGAGCGGCGCACCUCGCGUCAUCGCGACGACGAUCACAACAACCGCAAACGCACCUUCAUCAAGCUCAUUUGCGUCCACUGUCGCGUCAAGUGUGUGACCUUCAAGGAGUACAACUACCAUUUGAACUCGCGCACCCACAAGAACGCAAUGCGCCAGGUGGCCCUUAAUCAGCGCGCUGAUCUCCAACGUAUGCGCGCCCGUCAGCGCACCACCCAGCGCGAGAUCGAGGAGAAUGCCAAGGAGGAGCACGAGUCGCGCUAUUGUCGCCUCUGCCGGUUGGCCUACCGCCAGCCCAAGAAUCUCCACCAGGCCUCUGAGCACCACAAGACCAUUAAGAAGUUCUUGAUGCCCUAUUGCGGCUCCUGCCACUUGGCGUUCAAGAACGCCAUGCUCUACGAGAACCAUCGCUGCUCCCUGGAGCACAUUAGGAAUAAGGCCCGUAACGAUGAGUCCGGUUCGGAUGAUAGCGUGGAUGAGCGCGAGAUCGAUUUGAAUAAAUUCCUCACCGUCGACUCGGUGGGCGAGAUCGAUGUUGACGUGAUCGAUGCCGAUGUGGAUGCCAUGGUGAUUGAGGCCGAAACAGCACAGAAGAGCACGGAUGAGGAGACCCGCAAACGCGGCUUGAUUGGCCCGGAUUUUAUCAAGACCAUUGAGGCCUUCUACUGUGAACUGUGUAACCAUUAUUCCACCAAGACUGAAGACACUUCCUUGGAGGACUAUACCAAGAAGCAUUGCCUGCAGCAUUCCCACGUGAAGGCCUUCCUCCGCAACAAGGAGGAGACCGAAAAGAAGGUCAAGGCGGAGGGCGGCGAGGAGGAUGAGCCUGAGGAGGAAGACAAGAAGGGUGGCGAUGACGAGGCAGAGGAGGCCGAUGAGGACAUGGAUGGCAAGGCCGAUGAGGAUGAGGACGAAGACUACGGUGAUGAAGAAGGGGGCGAUGAGACCCACGACGAGAAGCUGUGGGAGGAGGUGGACAAGGAUCUGGGCGACCUGCUGGCCGAAGUGGGCCAGGAAGAAGAGGAGGAAGAGGAGGAUGAGUCCGUGCUCAACAUUGACAUUGAAAGCGAGAAAAACAAGCUUAAAGAUGCCAAAGAGGAAGCGAAUGGCGAUGCCGAGGCGGAGGAAGCUGCUAAAGACACCACAACUCCGGUGGCCAAGUCGACGGAGAAAAAGCCAGCUGCCCCGGCUGCUACUGCUGCUGCUGCCCCGGCCACACCGGCCAAGACCAGCGCCGCGGCGACCAAGCAGCCCGUGAAGAAGGCAACGCCCAAGCCGGCUGCCAAAGCCGCCAAACCAGGUCCGGCUUCCACGAAGCGCAAUGUCUUGGUCAGUGUGAAGCGCACCUCCGCGGCCGCCAUCAAAGCUGCCACCAAGUCCAGCAAUACGGCAGCCGAGUCCAAGUGAGCGCAGCGCUACUCCACCAGCUGUGCACUAGCAAUAGCAGCGAACAACCAAACCCAGUGAUUUGGUUGCAACAAAAACACACACAUAUUUCAAAUAUAAUAACAAAAAAAUAUAACAUAAUGUGCUCAAAUAGUAAGUGCACGCCAAUAUGCCCAACAAGAGCUGCUCUGUCAUCGCGCCACCGACGAGCCCAGCCUGUUUAAUAAAUGUCUAAACCUAAAUAAACCAA